CUUUGUGAUUGGCAGGCAUUCAGACCAAUAGUGAUUAGGAAACCUUCACGCCUGCCCAACGAUCCUGGGCAGGAGGUGGUUUCUGGUUUGUUGGGGCGUGUGUAUGUGUAUUUGGGGGGACUGAAGGGUACGUGGGGCGAAACAAAACCGACCAUGGCAGCAGCGGAGGAGGAGGACGGGGGCCCCGAAGGGCCAAAUCGCGAGCGGGGCGGGGCGGGCGCGACCUUCGAAUGUAAUAUAUGUUUGGAGACUGCUCGGGAAGCUGUGGUCAGUGUGUGUGGCCACCUGUACUGUUGGCCAUGUCUUCAUCAGUGGCUGGAGACAAGGCCAGAGCGGCAAGAGUGUCCAGUAUGUAAAGCUGGGAUCAGCAGAGAGAAGGUUGUCCCGCUUUAUGGGCGAGGGAGCCAAAAGCCCCAGGAUCCCAGAUUAAAAACUCCACCCCGCCCCCAGGGCCAGAGACCAGCUCCAGAGAGCAGAGGGGCAUUCCAGCCAUUUGGUGAUACCGGGGGCUUCCACUUCUCAUUUGGUGUUGGUGCUUUUCCCUUUGGCUUUUUCACCACCGUCUUCAAUGCCCAUGAGCCUUUCCGCCGGGGUACAGGUGUGGAUCUGGGACAGGGUCACCCGGCCUCCAGCUGGCAGGAUUCCCUCUUCCUGUUUCUCGCCAUCUUCUUCUUUUUUUGGCUGCUCAGUAUUUGAGCUAUGUCUCCUUCCUGCCCACCUCCAGCCAGAGGAGAAUCAGUAUUGGGGGUCCCUGCUGACCCUUCCUUACUCAUGGACCCCCUUGACCUCUCUAUUUCUGUUGGCUAAGGCCAGCCCUGGAUGUUCUCCAGGAAAGCUUGGGGAGGAGGAGUGAAGUCUGUGCAUAGAUGGGAGAGCCUUCUGCUCAGAGGCUCACUCAGUAACAUCAUAAUUCUCUGCCCUGGGGAAGGAGGAUGGAUUGAGAGAAUGUCUUCUCUUCUAAGUCUUUGCUUUCCCUGAUUUCUUGAUUUGAUCUUGAAAGGGGGGCAAAGCUCCCUCUGACUCUUUCCCCACUCCCAUCUUAUUGAUUUAAUUUAAUUUUUCACUCCCCAGAGUCUAAUAUGGGUUCUGACUCUUAAGUGCUUCCUCCCCCUUACUACCUCCUUUAAUACAAAUUCAAUAAAAAAAGGUGAAAUGUA